AUGACAACUUUUGGGGCACAAACAAUCCAACGUCAAAGUGGUGGAGUUGCUACGACCACUAGUGUUCCUGCUACGACCGCUGCUAGUAGUGGUAAAAGUGUGCCUCGUACCACACCAACUAAAGGAAUUAUUACACCUACACCUACACCUUCCCAUCUUCGAACCAAUAAUGACAUAAAUGAUUUUGAUGGUAAAUUUAUAGAAACAUUUGAACCUGAUUUGGAACUUCGAAACAAAUAUCGACUGUUUAUUCAUCGAGAAGGGGCUUUAUCAUUUCUUCGAACGGAAAUUACUCAAUCAAUGACCAAACGCGAUAUAUGUGUUUUGAUUUUAAAUUUAGGGUACCCCAAAAAAGCAAUCCAAGAUUACCCGAUUUUGACAUUAAAAGAGUUGGCGUAUAUUUUGUUAAAGUUGAUGUUAAAUGAUUCGGCACAAUUAGAACCCAAAGUGGAUAUGGAACUGGAUUUGGGAGAAAUUGAUGAUAAUGAUGAUGAUGAUGACGCAAUGGAUGUGGAUGACUAUCAAUCUGAGAAUGAAAAUGAAAAUGAAAAUGAAUUUGAAUUUGAUAGAGAAAUACGUCCCUCUAGGCGAACCAUGAAAAUGACCCCAUUUAAAUAUAAACUACCUGAUCUUAUUUCUGAUUUAUCUAAAGCUAAAAGAAUCAUUGUUGUUACUGGAGCAGGAAUAUCUACUUCAUUAGGUAUACCAGAUUUUAGAUCAUUUAAAGGGUUAUAUAAUCAAUUAUCUAAAUUAAAUCUUAAUGAUCCUCAAAAAGUUUUCGAUUUACAAACAUUUAUGAGAGAACCAGGAUUAUUUUAUUCUAUUGCUCAUUUAGUAUUACCACCAGAAGGAAAAUUUAGUUUAUUACAUUCAUUUUUAAAAUUAUUACAGGAUAAAAAUAAACUUUUACGAAAUUAUACUCAAAAUAUUGAUAAUUUAGAACAACGAGCUGGAUUAAAAUCAGAAAAAUUGGUUCAAUGUCAUGGAUCAUUUGCUCGAGCUAAAUGUGUUUCAUGUCAAGGAACAUUUUCUGGAGAAAAAAUUUUUAAUCAUAUUAGACGACAACAAAUUCCUCGAUGUGCUAUUUGUUGGAAAAAUACUCAACAAGCUCCAAUCCAUUUUGGAGCAAUUAAACCAACUAUUACUUUUUUCGGUGAAGAUCUACCGGAAAGAUUUCAUACAUUAAUUGAUAAAGAUUUACAACAAAUUGAUUUAUUUUUGGUUAUAGGAACUUCAUUAAAAGUGGAACCAGUGGCGAGUAUUAUUGAUAAAGUUCCUUAUAAAGUUCCGAAAAUAUUAAUUAAUAAAGAUCCUAUUCCUGAUAGAGGGUUUAAUUUACAACUUCUUGGAUUAUGUGAUGAUGUGGUAUCAUAUUUAUGUAAAUGUUUGAAAUGGGAUAUUCCUCAUGUUGAUUAUAAUAGUGAUGAUCAAUUUAAAUUAUCUAAGCUUAAAAAUGGUGAUUGGGAAAUCGUUAAAAAAUCUUCAAAAUGA